AUGCCAUGUCAAAAUGAAGGAGAGGAGAAACUAAUUGAUGCAAGAGUGGAAACAGCACUAACUGCUCAAUCAAUAACAACAGUCGUACCAAAAACAACUGCAGAACUACCAGCAGCUGCACCAAUAACAAGAGAAGAAUCUUCAGUAGCUGCACUAACAACAACAGCAGAAUCAUCAGCAGCACCAUCACCAACAGUUGAAUCAACAAAAGGAGCAAUAGUGGAAACAGCACUAACUGCUCAAUCAAUAACAACAGCAGUACCGAAAACAACUGCAGAACCACCAGCAGCUGCACCAAUAACAAGAGAAGAAUCUUCAGUAGCUGCACUAACAACAAAAGCAGAAUCAUCAGCAGCAUCAUCACCAACAGAUGAAUCAACAAAAGAAGCAGAAGUAGCAGCAGUAGAACCAGCAUCAGGGACAAAACUAACAGCAACAGCAACCAGUCAUCAGGCAGAUCCUUCAUCACCUCUAGUACUGACAGAAGUGGAAUCCUUGAUACUACAAGCAAUGCCACCACCACCACCCCCCUCAACUAAAACAACAGCAACUGUGGACUCGACAACACCAGCUGGCAAGAAAGUGUCAUCUGCAACAUGUGAGUCCAGCAGGAGGAGGAAAAUUGCUGAGAAUCUUGGACAGCACACUAAUGUCUUUGCGGCAGCUGUGGAAAGUGCUCUCUCUUCCGUCAGCACCCGUGAGCGACUAUUGCAGCCGCUGGGCGUUCUCAUUUCAGACUUCGCCCUGGAACGACUACCUCCACUUUUUCAGAUAACCCCGCCGAUCCCCGUCUGCACACCAACAUUGGUUGUGCUGGGAUUCUGGCUGAUAUCUGUAUUCUGA